GAAAUCGCUGGGAAAAUGCCCAUUUGAGCUCACACGACGACUUAGAAUAUGGAGGCAAAUACCGGUAGAUGCAAGUCUUGAUUCGAUCUUGUGGAAGCCAAAGAACCAUUUAAAUACCCGACCAUUUCUGCUCCAAUUUCACUCGCCAUAUCCAACUUAGCACCAACACCAUUCGUUCACUUUACUGAACUGAGGUGGGAUUGAUUGCCAGUCAUGGCUCGAAACCAACUGGGGGUGCUUAACGCGCUCGAUGUGGCCAAGACGCAAUGGUAUCAUUUCACCGCGAUUGUGAUCGCAGGGAUGGGAUUCUUCACCGACGCGUACGAUCUCUUCAGUAUAUCUCUCGUCACCAAGUUACUUGGCCGGAUAUACUACUUUAACCCCGACUCUGAUAAGCCCGGCACCUUACCUCCCAAAAUCGCAGCUGCUGUUAACGGUGUCGCACUGUGUGGCACUUUGGCCGGGCAGCUCUUCUUUGGGUGGCUUGGUGACAAGUUGGGAAGGAAACGAGUCUAUGGUAUAACCCUGGUCCUCAUGGUCGUUUGCUCUCUCGCCUCCGGGCUCUCGCUUGGCCGCCAGCCCAAGGGCGUCAUGGGCACCCUCUGUUUCUUCCGGUUCUGGCUUGGUUUUGGCAUCGGGGGUGACUACCCGUUGUCUGCGACCAUCAUGUCUGAAUAUGCCAACAAGAAGACCCGUGGUGCGUUUAUUGCCGCGGUCUUCGCCAUGCAAGGAUUUGGGAUAUUGGCUGGAGGGAUCGUGGCCCUCAUCGUCUCGAGUGCAUUCGAUCAUGCGUUCGAGGCUCCUCCGUACUCAGAAGCUAGGGAAGGCUCCACUGUUCCGGAAGCCGAUUACAUAUGGAGGAUCAUUCUGAUGUUUGGCGCAAUCCCGGCCGCUAUGACCUACUACUGGCGAAUGAAGAUGCCCGAGACCGCUCGUUACACUGCCCUAGUGGCCAAGAAUGCAAAGCAGGCGGCUACCGACAUGUCUAAGGUGUUGAAUGUCGACCUUGAGGCCGAGGAAGAGAAGGUGGAAAAGAUUACGCAAGAGAGAUCCCACAACUUCGGCUUGUUCAGCAGAGAAUUUGCUCGCCGCCACGGAAUUCACCUCGUCGGGACCACCACCACUUGGUUCUUGUUGGACAUUGCCUAUUAUAGCUCCAACCUCUUCCAGAAGGACAUCUUCAGCAAGGUGGGUUGGCUUCCCAAGGCAGCAAAGAUGAACGCGAUUCAUGAAGUCUACCGCAUAGCCAGAGCGCAGACCUUGAUUGCGCUCUGUGGUACCGUCCCUGGAUACUGGUUCACGGUCGCUUUCAUCGAUCGUAUUGGAAGGUUCGCUAUCCAAUUGAUGGGCUUCUUCUUCAUGACCGUGUUCAUGUUCGCUCUAGCAAUCCCUUACAAUCACUGGACCCGGAAGGAAAACCACAUUGGCUUCGUGAUCAUGUACUCGUUGACCUUCUUCUUCGCCAACUUUGGGCCCAAUGCCACAACAUUCGUCGUGCCGGCAGAGAUUUUCCCGGCGAGGCUCCGGUCAACUUGCCAUGGCAUAUCAGCGGCGUGCGGAAAGGCAGGGGCGAUCGUCGGGGCCUUCGGGUUUCUGUACGCUGCUCAGGGGAAAACUGAUAGAGAUGCCGGUUACCCGCGGGGGAUUGGCGUCAAGAACUCGUUGAUCAUGCUCGGCGUCAUCAACUUCUUUGGGAUGUUGUUCACUCUAUUAGUCCCUGAAUCAAAAGGAAAGUCACUUGAGGAGCUCACGGGCGAAAAUGAGGAUGAGCCCGAUCAGACACAGCAGCCUCAGGAGGUGUCCACUGCUAAAACAGUCCCAGAAUAAUUUCGACUCCCAAGUGACUUUGUGUUGAAGAACGAAGAAGUAGAAAGCAAGUGCCGAAGAAACUUCCCGUGUUGCUGAAUUUUAUGUAAUCGGCGCUCAUGAUGAAUAAGUUUAUUAGAGAAACUACAGUUUGCAUUGAAGAAACACUAGAAGAUGUGUAUAUAAAGUUCAUGUAAGAUAUAUGAGUGAGUUUUGUUUCCA